UGUUUUUGUUCUUGUUUGAGUUGUUUUUGUGAUCUCUUAAUUUUGACCUAUAUUUUGUGCAUAAUUCGGAAAAACCGCAUAACACAUUACGAUGGCAGAUAACGAUUUAGCCGACUUAAGGAAACAGUGCAUAACUAGUCUUUAUUUGUGUACCGAUAAUGUCUCAAAAUAUUUAGAUAGCGAAAAAGAAGCUGAGUUUGAUAAACUAAAGUUGUGUGUCCAGCAGUAUUGCACUUUAGAAGCCCAGCAAGAUGUUACCAUUGAAGCUAUGGAGAGAGCGAAGAGAGAAACUGAUACUUCUAAUGUGAAUUCUCUGGAAGAGAGGUUCCAAGCACACCUGAGUAAUUUAGCGAGCAAGCGGCUCAGGAUUGAUAAUCAUCCUUAUAUGACAGAAUUCAACAAGAGAUACCAUAAAGGAUUGGAGAAUGCAGCCCGUAACUUAGAUGAGUCAGAUCUGGCUAUAACUGAAUCACAGGAGCAAUAUUUGGAUCCUAUUACAAAGAGGCCAGUUACAGAUCCAGUAAAGAAUACAGUUUGUGGACACAUCUAUGAAAAAGCUACAAUUUUGAAUUUAAUUUCCACAAAACCUAGAUCCAAAUGUCCAGUGGCUGGCUGUGGCAACCGAGGGCCCAUAACAAAGGACCACUUAAUAUCUGACGAAGAACUCAAGUUCCGUAUGACCAUCACCAAGCAUUCCACCAUGGUACAAGAAAGAUCGAUCAUGGACUUAGAUGAAACUAUGUAAUACAACCUCCUUGCUAUGAGUGUACUGUAGAUUGGACUAAAAACAUUAUGUAAGAUGCUAGCAAAUUGACGAAAUUCUUUCAACAUUGUUACACUGGACUUAGCUGGAGAAGUUUGAUGUACAGGUGACGACAGUUCACGCAAAACCCACAUUAUCAACGUGUGACAAGGCUUAGCUAGUGUGUAAGGAUAUUUAAUAUUUUGUUAAUAAUAAAUAUUCAAUUUAAAUUUACUGUUUUCUUAAUUUUACGAUGUCCUCAAAAAAGGGAAAUAAUAUAUGGAAAUAAAACACUGUAUACAUGUAGAAUAUAAUGUAUUUUAGCGAAAGUCUAUUAAUAUCUAAAUCUAUAUAAUGCGUUUUGUUAUUCAAUAUUUUUAUCGUCAAGAUUAGUUUCACUCUAAACUCAACAUCUGGUACUAUUUGAGAAUAAUAAAUGAACUGUAAAUAAUACAGAAUUACACAAUCAAAACAAAAAAAAAUGUUUUAUUUUAAACAAACUUGUUAUUCAUAAAAAAGAAAACUGGCUCCCAAUCUUGAUGACAACAUAUUGAAGAUAAUAAUUUAUAAAUAUUGGUCCAUAAAACUAUAUCAAUAAAAGUGCAUUAACAAGAUUACUUGACUAAUACAUAAUAAGCACAAUAUACUAAUAGUUAAAACCGACCAGAAAAAUAUAAAACGUACCUAUAAGCAUCAAGAAAUUUCAAUUGACCAAUAGAAGUGCUUAAAAUAUCAAAUAAGUAUAAUAUUAAAAGUGUAAUACAUUCAUCAUUGCAAUAGUAAAGAGUGCCGAUUGAGCAACAAUUUUUGUUGAUACUUUUGUAAAGAACAUUUACAAUAUUUAACAAUUGAUCAAUAUUAAUCCUAAAUUUAAUUUGAAAACAAAAGAUAUUUUACAUAUAAACUUACAAACUAAGCAAGUAUAUUUGGAUGUGCUUCUUCUUCUGGUCGGACCUAAUGUUAAUAAUUGCAAAUAAAAUAACAUAUUACAAAUAUCCAACUAAUUAUGGCGUGUGAUGUCUAGAGUAUAAAUUAAAGUUAAUAAUUGAAAAUAGCACUUUUAUUCGUAAAACUAAUAUAUUGGUGAUUGAUUACAUCUACCAAAGAUAUUUCUCUCUGAAGUCGUGUAGUAAUGAUUAGGCCUUGUUGGCUUAGUUUCUUU